UAGAAACAAAAAUCGACGAUCAUGAUUCGUCGAAAUAUAGCAACAAAUUACAUGCACAAUCUUAGUAGUUAGGCUCUAUGAUUUUGAAAACUAAGACCUAGGAUUCGCUCAUCAUAGGGUUAGGGCAUAGUAUCAUGCCUAGAAAUAUGGUGAAUUCGAAGUCUAGAUAGUGUCUUUUUACUCAGGGUAUGUCGUACCCUAGAUUUGACCAAAGGUACGAUAGUGUCUUUUUACUUAGGGUAUAUAUGGUGGCUUCUAUCGUACCUUGGGUCAAAUCUAGGGUACGACAUACCCUGAGUAAAAAGACACUAUCUAGACUUCGAAUUAACCAGAUUUCUAGGCAUGAUACUAUACCCUAACCCUAUGAUGAGUGAACCCUAGGUCUUAGUUUUCUAGAUCAUAUAGCCUAACCCCUAAGAUUUUGCAUGUAAUUUGUUGCAUAUAUUUCGACGAAUCAUAACCGUCGAUUGUUAUUUCUAAUUAAAUUGAUAUUAGUGUCUGAGAUUUAUAGAAUUAAGACCUAGAUUUUAAUCUUUAAGGGUUUGGAAAUAGUACAAGAUGGCAAACUCCUGUCAAUUCGAGAUCUAGAUAGAGUUUUUUUACUCAUGGUAUGUCGUACCCUGGAUUUUACCCAAGGUACGAUACAACCACCCAUAUAUAUAUAUAUAUAUCAGAUGAACCAUUUUUGUCUCCACAACUAACAUCAUAUUUGGACGGAAUGCUCUAAUGGAAAGGACUACUCAACGUGAUGGUUCUACAGUGGAGAUUAGAACUACCAAAUACUCAAUCAUUUGUCACCUAUACAGAGAGACAUAACUACUCUAUUCAUGGUUGCGAGCUUGAUCUUGAUAAAAACACAGCCUCAAAAGAUUAAAAAUAUUCAUCUUAUAUUUGCUCAUCAAUUCGUUGAGAGAACUUUUUUAGUAACCCAAUUCAUAUAUUUGUACAUUCAUAUAGUAAACCAAUUCCAAUUUUUUUUUUUUGUCUUUUCACAGCUCAUGCAAGUUAUUUUUAUGCUUAUAGGAGAAAGCCAAGCAACCCACAAACCAUCAUGACGAGGAGAAAAGUAGUGAACAACAAUAUGCUGUAGUGGAGGAAGAAAAGCCAAAGGAGAUAACAGUGUAUGCUGACACACAUAGGAGAACUGAUGGCAGUUGGGUUAAUGAGCAACCACAACAAAACUAGGUAAGAGUGUCAUGUCUUAGUGUUUAGGCUAUAAAGUUCUAAGUCCUGUAUUGAUAAAUAAAUUGAGGUUGUACUGUCUUUGUAGGAGGAAAUGAAGAGGAUUUUUGCUGAAGCUGUAGAGAAGGGGAGCCCAUUAUCUGGUGCUGAGAUAGUGCAGAUGGUGCUCCAGGAAGCACCAAGUUACAUCAACAAAGAGAAACCGAGUUCCCAAAGAGAGAAAGACCUAGAAACUCGUUUGGAGAACUCAUUGGCUGAAGGGGAGAGGCAGAGGCAAGAGUUUGAGGAACGGAUACAAUCCCAACAGCAGCAAAUAGAUGAGCAGCAACAAGAGAUUCAAACUCAGAAGGAGAUUAUCCACAAGCUACAAGAGUCACAGGACAGUCUAAAGGACUAUGUGGAGUCCCUAGCUCAAAAGUUUAAUGAAAGAUAACAUAGUUUGAAGGCAAUAACUUCUGAAGAAACACAUUUGUUCUUGUCAUGCUUUUACGAACCUUUAUAGAUAAUGUGAAGAAUGUUUUAUUUUACUCCACUACAUAGUUAGUGCCCCAUCUUCGUUAAGUGUGGUGGUAUAUAUAAACAUCAUUAUUUUUCAUUAAGUGUGGUGGAAUAAGAAUUAACGUUGUUUAUCUCAUCGGUACAGGUAGUUUUCAUGAAGUGAGAAGUUCUUGAUUGAACUGUCAUCACCUUAUUUUGGAUGGGCAUGGACAGUGGAGGCAUGCACUACAUAGUUAGUGCCCCAUCUUCGUUAAGUGUGGUGGUAUAUAUAAACAUCAUUAGUUUUCAUUAAGUGUGGUGGAAUAAGAAUUAACAUUGUUU